AUGGUAUAUUCGACUGCUAGUAGAAUAACAAAACAGUGGUGGGGAGCAACUCAUUUUAGAAUAGGAAGUAGAGGUCAGCCUAGGCCAAACAAGGGGUUCAAGCUGACUCACUUUAAGACGGUGGGAGAGGCUGUCGAGUGUCUUCGAUGGUGGAAGCGUCUACGCCGUGGAACCCUUGCACACAUUUUAAAUUCGAGCAAAAGUUCUCAACUUGACCUGACAGAUUCCACUCAGGUCAGUCAAGAAGAAAUUAUAAGGUCCAGAGAUUUGGAAGCACUGGAGAAUGGUAAAGCUGUGCUCGACAAUUCACAAUUAGAAUUGCUGAGUAGAUAUUUAGGCGCAGAUUUGCUAAAGCAAAAGAAGAAAAAAUUUAGGUCAAUAUAA